CAGUGAAAGUAGAAAGGACCUCUGUCAUCAGAGCCACCGGAAGCUCUCUGACUGUCGUCGCCGCUUCAGUCUUGUGUUUCCUGUUUACGGGCGGGAAGAGCGAAAGAAGCUAAACUAUUGGGUCUGUGUUCUUGCAUCGUUGUGUUUCAAACAUCAGCGAGUUUAAAGGGAUUUGAAGCGCGAAACUGAUGGAGGAGCCCGCAGAUUCCGGCGGUGGCGGGGCAGCACAGGGCCCCAUGGCGCAAGUGGCGGAGAUCCGCUGCCCAAUAGCAGCGCGUCCUAUGCGGCUGCUGGAAUGGAAAGUCAAACCCGGUUCCCUCGUCAAUGUGGACUCGGUAUUGGCGUUAUGUGCUCCCAUCCCACCGGAGAAAGAGUCCGGGUCCCAUCCGCCAGAACAGCCCAAUCGGCUGUCAGAGAAGAAGCUGAAAUCGGACCGAGCUGGAGUGGUGAAAGAGCUAUGCUGUCAACUUGGACAAGUCAUAUCGCCUGGUGUUGUGGUUGUAAGAGUAGAAGAAUGCAGCCAUCCCAUUGUGAUGAAGGGCCUGUGUGCUGAAUGUGGCCAGGACCUCACACAGAUGCAGACCAAUAAUGGGAGGCAGCAGGCUCUCAUCUCCACGGCAAAUGUUUCCAUGGUGCACAGUGUCCCUGAGUUGAUGGUCAGCUCUGAGCAAGCAGAGCAGCUGGGCAGAGAGGACCAGCAGAGACUCCACAGGAACAAGAAGCUGGUUCUGAUGGUUGAUCUGGACCAGACCCUGAUCCACACCACCGAGCAUCACUGCCAGCUCAUGUCCAACAAGGGAAUCUUCCAUUUCCAGCUGGGGCGGGGGGAGCCCAUGUUACACACGCGACUGCGUCCGCACUGCAAAGACUUCCUGGAGAAGAUCGCCAAGCUCUACGAGCUGCACGUCUUCACCUUCGGAAGCCGCCUCUAUGCACACACCAUCGCAGGCUUCCUGGACCCUGAGAUGAAGCUGUUUUCCCACAGGAUCCUGUCCAGAGACGAAUGCAUCGACCCCUUCUCCAAGACAGGGAACCUGAGGAAUCUGUUCCCAUGUGGGGACUCGAUGGUAUGUAUUAUAGAUGACCGGGAGGACGUGUGGAAGUUUGCUCCCAACCUGAUCACUGUGAAGAAAUACAUCUACUUCAAGGGGACAGGAGACAUCAACGCCCCGGCCGGGUCUAAAGAGGCUCAGCAGGGAAGGAAAGCAGGCAGCCAGGCCAGCCGACCAGCAGAGGCCUCAGAACCAGCAGUAACGUCAGGGACAACAGGGCCUAAAACAGGGCCAUCUGGGGGGUCGUCUGCAUCAGAGGAGCAGAGUAAUGGUCUUAAGAAACAACGGGCCAAAGACCACAACAAUGGAGGGAGGGGGGAGUCAACAGCACCCUCAGCCACUCAGGGUUCAGCAGCCAAUGAACGGACUCAACCGGACGGUGGCGAGGCUGUGGAGGAGGAGCGGGGUCAGGGCGAGGGAGCCGAGGCCAGCGCGGCAGCACAGGUGAGCGACAGGAUGCAUGUGAAAGAUGAGAUGAAAGCGGAGGGGAAUGGAGAGGGGAAGGAUGGCAGCAGGACAUUGGGCUCAGGGGAGGAAGCUCCCCCUCCGGGUGGGGUGAACUCAUCCUCCACUCCUCUUCCUCCAUCAUCCACUCCUCCAGACCUCCAUGAACCCAACAGCAACCUGGACUUUGACCUGUCCAGCGACAGUGACGCUGACUCUCUUACGGGUAAACCCACCUCAUCAGACAACGAGAGGGACGGGGUGUCCAGCCAGACCAAGAAGUCCAAACAGGAAGGGGCGGAGCAGGCAGCAGUAGAGGAGCCAUCAGGUGGGGCUGGAGGAAGGGAGGGUGAGAACAGCUCCGCGGUAGUAGGGGAGACCUCAGAUGAGACAUCUGGGUCAGAGGUUGUCUUCCCUCCAGACCCGGAGCAGGAGAACGGGCGCUUAGAGCGGAGGGAGGCUGAGACAGAGUCCCAGAACAGUGAACAGUCAGGAGUCACCAUGGGGGAGGAGUCUCUGGACCCGAGCAUGGAGGAGGAGGAAGAGGAAGAGAAAGAGGAGGUGGACGUGGACAAGGAUGACCACCUCAUCUACCUAGAAGAGGUGCUGGAGCGUAUCCAUGGAGAGUACUACGCCCGCUACAACGCCUUUCUCGGGAAGGAACGCCCAGAGAUGCCUGACAUCAGGAAGAUCGUCCCGGAGCUGAAGGCCCGGAGCCUGGAGGGCACCACCAUUGUGUUCUCUGGACUGUACCCCACCAAUUACCCCAUGGAGAGAACCAGGGAGAAUUACCACGCCAAGGCCCUGGGAGCAAAGAUAGGAAAGGGCCUCCUGCUCCGCUCUAAAGACCCUGGCAGAACCACACACCUCAUUGCUGCUAGAGCAGGUACAGAGAAGGUGCGUCAGGCCCAAGGCUGUAAACAUCUCCAUGUGGUGAAUCCUGACUGGCUGUGGGGAUGUCUCGAGCGCUGGGAGAGGGUGGAGGAAUCACUGUAUCCACUGAAGGAGGACUACACCAAGACCCAACGGAGCAACAGCCCAGUCACGUUCCCUGACCUCCAAGGGUCCUUCCAGAACCCCCGGUUCCCCCCCGCCCCCCUCCACCACCACCCUCCAGCUGCCCCUGAGGUGCGGACGUACGACCCAGUCACGGGGAAGCUGAUUCGCCGUGGGACUCAGGCCUCCAGACCACCAUCUUACCUCCAGGCCUCCAUGUCUUCUGCCCAUGGCGACCAGACCUCGCUCAGGGGGGGUCAGAAGGACCAACAGGGGGAGACGGCGGGUCCCUCCAGUCGAGACGACGAGCAGCCUGGACCCUCCUGCCGGCGGAGGGAACGCCAGCCCAGCAUGUCAGAGACCAACCCCCUCUACACAUUCUGUAAAGAAGACCUGGACAGCAUGGACAAGGAGCCAGACUCCACAGUACUUCAGAUGACGUCCUGAAGACAUUGAAGAAGUUUCCCUCCACCUGAAACGGUUUCUUUUCAACUCCAAGGACAGAGUUUUUAAAGCUAGUUUUGCUAUUGAUUUGAGCCCCAUUGUGAAGGAAUCUCACCACCACUGAGCUGGUGAAUGGAUAAUGAUUUGACUUGCGUUAACAAUGUGUCGUUUCCUGUCUGUGGUUCUGUAGAACUGUGUUUUUUUCCCCUUCAACACACUGUGCUGCUCACUCACCCCUUCAGGAGUCGAAGUUAGACUUCCAGCUUUAAGUCGUCACACUCUUCCAUCCUGAAGUUUAUCUCAACAGUUAUCCAUAUUUAUAUCUUAAAUAUAAUGGUAAUUCAUUCACUUAUGCUUCUUCAAAAGUCUGCCAAGACAAAAACUAAGCCAGGGCUUCUUCCUUAGAGACCGACCAUAUGGGACUCUGAGACCCGCGGUACAGUGCAAUAGCUGCUCCGUCCUGUCUGGUUCAAGACAUUGAAUAAUUAGGACGAAUGUUUUAGGUUCCUGUUCUCAUAUUAUUAUCAAACACAUUUCAUGGUGACACCUCACCAGUUCUGUUCUCUUACGGCACUACUGGUGACACCUCCCCUGCUAAAGGCAUUCAUCACAGUGAUAACACUGAACCGGGAGUUCCCUGCAGCUCCCUGGGAUCCACCUGUGUCCCUGUUGAGCAUCAUGACCCAUCAUAUCACAUUCACUUCUGCCUGUAGCAGCAUAUUGUAUAAAGCCGUCCAAUUAUAAGCUUUCAUAUCAGCCUUAUAAGCCUUCAUUCUUCUUCUUAAGCUGAGUCACUGUACUGGUAAUGCAAUUCAUUUGUGAUGUCCAGAAAUGAAUAAAAAAUGCUGCAUUAUGGUUAAUGAGGUCAAACCAGAGGUGACUGGUCUCAUAACUCUUUGUAAAGACAUGCUGUUUCCAACCCCAAGGUUGUGUAGCUGUUUAGACAGCUUAGGUCACAAACUCCAGAUCUACAUGGCGUUUCCUAUGAGUUAACAUGCAUUGGAUUUCAUAUCAGGAUUUUUCCUUGGGUGGAAAUGU